AAUAGCUUCUCAAAAAGAAGCUACCUCUAAAGUAAUUGAAUCAGUUAAAGUGAAUUUCAAAUUCAUAGGUAACAAGCUUCAAUUUGAAUUUAACAAUUCCCAACUUGAGCGUGUCCAAACUGCGACGAAGGCGAUCAAGAAGGGAGAUAAUGCUUCCGCGAUUUUAGAGCUUCAGAAAGUAGAAUAUGAUAUCCUCAAGCGUAACAAGCUCAUUAGGAUUGUAGACAAGUCUGAAGAUGGUUGGAAGGUGGUUGAUGAGUACUUAUCGGAGGAACUCGCAAGUGAUUCCGAUGACGACAAGAAAAUCAGAGCUGCUCAAAACAGAGCAGCUUCAAAACGUAGGAAAUCGAAGAUUAACAGGUCCAAGGCUACACCCUACAAAUCCCAACGUCGGCCUCAGGAAACUUUCCCUAAUCCUGAUGCUACUUUUCGAAUAUAUAUGCAACAAGGUCGACCUCAAAUUAACCAGGUUCAUAUAUCGAAACCAUUCGACGUAUGCUUCGGUUGCGGCAAGUCGGGACAUUGGAGGAGGAAUUGCCCGAAUACCAAACCCACCAAAGAAGGCACAGGCCUCUAAAGAUACCGGAUUCGAUACUUGUCUUUUCAGACGCCAGCCACAUCGGGUGUGGAGCUUGGUCAGCAGAGUGUGGCGGACUCAAAUUCCAACACAUCUGGUCAGAAGAAGAGCAAGGACAUUGACUUCAAAGACACACUCACAAGAGUUUUAGAAGCUUCCCGGGCAGAGAGCACGGUCAAGAAAUAUAAACGUGCAGUAUAGAAGCAUGGAAUGCGUGGUGAAGAAACAGUGGCACGUCAUGUCAAGACUUAUGUCAAGAAAGCAUUGCAAGGUACUUUAUAUUUUUGUUCAAUGGAGGAUCUCCAUAUAGCAAAAUAGAGACAGCUUUUUAUGCUUUAAAAUGGCAAGUUGAUUGUUCAAUUAAUACAAGGAACAGAAGUAACCCUUGCGAAU